AUGAAUUUAAUAUUAGGUAGUGAUUGGAUUCAAUCAAACAGUGUUUAUAUUCUUACACCUGAACAACGAAUUAUGAUCCGAAGUCGAGGUAAAGAAGUAUCAACUCCUUUUGUAAAACCACCUCUUUUAAAUUAUCCAGCUACUCUUAUUAAUCAUAUUACUCUUCCUCCUUUUUCAGAAAAAAUAGUAGAAGCACAAGUUCAACAUAACAAUAUGAUAGAUGUAUUAUUUGAACCAAAUUCUCGAUUACAAAAUAAAGCAUUAUUUACCGCAAGUGCAUUACUCAACAUUAAAGAUCGUAGAAUAAGAAUUAGUAUAAUUAACGCAACGAACCGACAACAAACACUUUCCGAAGGAACCAAAUUAGGUAUAGUGACACAAUUAUCUUCUACAAUUGGUGUUAUCAUAUCAUCGGAUCAGUUUAAAGAACGCAUUCCAAAAGGAAAAGCGUGUAAGGUGCUCAUUCCUGAAGGGAAAGGAGCGAAUACAUCGAAUAAAUUAAAUUUUAACAACUUGCCAACUACAGCAUUACAUAGACAACAACAUCAAUGUCGUAAAUGUUAUCAACAUUUUGAUACUAGCAAUGAAUUAUUCAAGCAUCUUAGAAACCAAUGCUAUCCUGAAGAAAUAAGACAACAAAUAAAUAAAUUAAUUGAACAUAUUAGUGAUGAUAAACAACGAGAACAAAUCUUAAAAAUUUUAUGGAAAUAUGGAAAAUUAUUUGACAUUAAAACAGAUAAAUUAUUAAAAAAUGGAAUUAUUGAACAUUCAACAUCACCAUGGUCUUCACCUGUUGUUGUAGUAAAUAAGAAAGAUGGAACAACAAGAUUUUGUGUCGAUUAUCGUCGUUUGAAUCAAAUUACAACAAAAGAUGCUUUUCCACUACCAAGAAUCGAUGAUAUUUAUGAUCAAUUAACAAAAGCAACAUAUUUUACGAAAUUCGAUUUUAAAGCUGGAUAUUUUCAAGUACCAUUAGACAAAUUAGAUCGACCAAAAACAGCAUUUUCAACUCGAGAUGGACAUUUUCAAUUUAAAGUAUUACCACAAGUUUUUACUAAUGGACAACCAACAUUUCAACGAAUUGUUAAUCAAAUAUUAGGUCCAAAUAGGUGGAAACAUGUACUCGCCUAUAUCGAUGAUAUUAUUAUUUACUCACAAAAUUUUAAUGAACAUUUAAAACAUAUUGAAGAAGUGUGUUUAUUAUUACAAGAAGCAAAUUUUAAAUUAAAUGUUGAUAAAUGUGAAGUUGCAAGAACAGAAAUAUUAUUUCUUGGACAUUUAAUUAAAGCAGGUACUAUUAAAUCUGAUCCAGACAACAUUCGUGGUUUAACUGCAACACGUGAACCAACAUCAGCUGAAGAAGCAUUUAGAUUCGUCAAAGCAGCAGAAUAUUACCGAAAAUUUAUUUCAAAAUUUUCCACCAUCGCUGCACCAUUACAUAAAUAUUCUCCAGCAACAGUACAACAACAAAAGAAUAAUAAAAAAUUAAAAUUUGAAUUAUCUGCUGAAGCUAGAACAGCAUUCCACCAACUCAAGAAAAUAUUAACAACUGAUCUUAUUCUCGAUUUACCUGAUGAUACAUUAACAUUUAAAUUACAAACUGAUGCUUCUGUAGAUGGAAUUGGGGCUGUUCUAUUACAAAUGACCACCAAUGGUGAUCGACCAUUAGCAUAUAUGUCAAAGAAAUUAACAAGAACACAAAUUAAUUGGCCAACAAUUGAACAAGAAUGUUAUACAAUAGUACAAGCAAUAGAAAAAUGGAACAAAUAUCUUCGUGGACAUGAAUUUAUAUUAGAAACUGACCAUGAACCAUUAAUUCAUUUUGCAAACAAAGAACAAUUAAAUAAAAGAUGUGAACGAUGGCGAUUGAAAUUAGCUGAAUAUCGAUUUAAGGUGAAACAUAUUCAAGGUAAGAAAAAUCAUAUGGCAGAUUAUCUUUCAAGAUCACCAGUCGACAUAGCUGAAGAAGAUAUUGAAGAACGAACUCAGUAUGAAUCAACAUCAACACAAACAGAUUUAUCAUUUUCAUCAUUAAACGAUAAUUUGAUUCCAUUAAAAAUAACAACAGCAAUUACUAGAGCUCAAGCCAAAUUACGACAACAAGCAACGGCAACACCAUCUAUUAAACCGACAGAUGGAAAAAUUAAUGAGCUCAUCCCACAAGGGAAAGUAGCAACUGAUGAAGAACUGAUAAUCAAACCAACAGAUGAAAAUCCAAACAAGAUCAUCCCAUUUGAUAUGGAUGAUUUAAGAAAAUGUCAAGAAGAAGACAAAACAAUUCAAGAAAUAAAAAAGAAUAUUAAGAAUAAAAAACAUUAUUUUAUUGAAGAUGGAAUAUUAUUUAAGAAACAACAACUACCACUUCCACCAGUACCAUACGUCCCAGCAGGACGAAUACGUGCUGAUAUAUUAAAAAUUUAUCAUGAUACACCUGCUAAUGGAGCUCAUUUUGGACGUGACAAAACAAUAAGAAAAAUUCAAGAACGUUAUUUUUGGCCAACAAUGAUAGCAGAUAUUAGAAAUCAUUUAAAUUCCUGUUUACCAUGUGCACAAAAUAAUUAUCGUCGUCAAAAAUUACCAGGAAAAUUAAAACCAAUACCACCACCCGAAGGAAUAUGGAAACUAUUAAGUAUGGAUUUUCAUGGUCCAAUAACUCCAACAUCAAAACAAGGAAACAGAUAUAUUAUAUCUCUAACAGAUGUAUUAUCAAAAUUUGUUAUCACAAAAGCUGUUCGAGAUUGCUCAGCAACAACAGCAGUGAAAUUUCUUAUAAAUGAUGUUAUAUUAAAAUAUGGCACUCCAACAUGUAUAUUAACCGAUAAUAGUACUCAUUUUACUUCUCAAGUUAUCAACAAAUUAUUUGAAAAUAUUGAAGUCACUCAUCUUUAUUCCACAGUAUAUCAUCCACAAACUAAUGGACAAAUUGAACGAUUUAAUGCUAUGAUGGAUGGAAAAAUUGCCGUCUUAUGUAAUGAACGACGUACGGAUUGGGAUGAAGUAUUACAAUUUGUUACAUUUAAUUAUAAUACAUCAAUACAUGCAACAACAAAACAAACACCAUUCGAAAUGAUGCAUGGAAGACAAGUUACACUUCCAUUUGAUCAACAAAAAGAAAUUAUUUCGCUCACACAAGAUCCAGAGCAUAGUGAAAAAAUUAGAAUAUAUCUCGAAAAAUUAGUAAAUGAAGCUCGAAACAAUAUUAUAAAAAAUCAACAACAAUAUAGAGCUCGAUAUGAUUUACAUAGACAAGAUUUAUUAUUAAAAAUUAAUGAUUUAGUUUUAGUAAAAACAAGAAAUGUUAGAAAUAAAUUUGAUAUACGAUAUGAAGGUCCAUUUAAAAUUAUUGAACAAUUAGGGCAUAAAACAUUCGUCGUUCAACAUGUAAAAAAAUUAACGUUAACAAAACAAGUGAUAAUGGAUGUUAUCGUUCCAUUGGUGGAACGAUGGAAUUUAAUCCAAUAA